AGUUUUCAGUUUUUGACAGUGCUCAGUAUAUAUGGUGGCACACAUUUGGACUUUAAUACUGAGAAGUUCCAUUAUUAUUAUUGUUAUUAUAUUAUAUUACUAUUAGUAUCAUGUUCUGUCACCCAGGCUGGAGUGCAGUGGCAAGAUCACAGCUCCCUGUAGACUCGACUUCACAGGCUCCCUAGUAGCUGGGACUAGUAGCUGGAACUAGGACUCAGUGUGCACCACCAUGCUUGGCUAAUUUAAAAAAAAAAUUUCUUUUUUAGCCAGGCGUGCUGGUGCACAUCUGUAAUCCCAGCUAUUUGGGAGGCUGAGGCAGGAGAAUUGCUUGAACCCGGAAGGUGGAGGUUGCAGUGGGCUGAGAUGGUGCCACUGCACUCUAGCCUGGGUGACAGAGCAAGACUCCAUCUCAAAAAAAAAAAAAAAAAAGAAAAAAAUUAAAUUUUUUAAAUUUUAGAGACAGGGUCCUGCUAUGUUGCCCAGGCUGAUCUUGAACUCCUGGACUCAAGUGAUCCUCCCACAUCAGCCUCCCAAAGUGUUGGGAUUAUAGGCGUGAGCUACCGCACCUGGCCAAUUUCAUUAUUACUUAUGAGCCAUAUGAGUUUAGACAAGACUUUGUGCUCUCCAUACUUAACUUUCUUCAUUUGCAAGAUAGGAGGUAUGAUUGGGUGGGGCUAAUCAAAUGAAAUACUAAUGAUUAUGAAAUCACAUUAGUCACCACAGUGAUGUGCAAACAUAAAUUAUUGAAAUAUUGAAUAAAAAUGGGAUUUUACUUGUUCUUUAGUAAAACACAAAGCUGUUCAUUUUUUUUCUUUCCUAACAUGUGCUGGAAAUCUACCAUAUGGAAAUGAUACUUGGGAAUGGUCAUGGACUUUUAGGCCUUUGCUGAUCAUUAAAAUAAAAAUCUUCCAGUGAUUCCUUUUAUAAAAGGACAUCAAAGCCUGGGCAACAGAGUGAAAUCCUGUCUCUAUAAAAAUAAAAAAAAAUUGGCCAGGUGCAGUGGCUCACACCCGUAAUCCUAGCACUUUGGGAGGCUGAGGUGGGUAGAUCACUUGAGGUCAGGAGUUCAAGACCAGCCUGGCCAACAUGUUAAAACCCUAUCUCUACUAAAAAUACAAAAAAUUAGCUGGGCAUGGUGGUGCACACCUGUAGUCCCAGCUACUCGGCAGGCUGAGGCAGAAGAAUUGCUUGAACUCAGGAGGCAGAGGUUGCAGUGAGCUGAGAUCGUGCUACUGCACUCUAGCCUGGGCAACAGAUAGAGACCCUGUCUCAAAAAAAAAAAAAAAAAAGAAUUACCCAGGGUGGUGGCAUGUGCCUGUAGUCUCAUAGCGGAGAUCCCUUGAGUCUAGGAGUUGGAGGCUACAAUGACCUAUGAUUGUGCCACUGCACUCCAGCUUGGGCAAUAGAGUGAGUCUCUGUUUCUAAAAUGGAAAAAAAAAAAAAAUCCUAUUUUAGGCCAGGCGUGGUGGCUCACGCCUUUAAUCCCAGCACUUUGGGAGGCCGAGGUGGGCGGAUCACCUGAGGUCGGGAGUUCGAGACCAGCCUGACCAACAUGGAGAAACCCCCUCUCUACUAAAAAUACAAAAUUAGCUGGACGGAGUGGUGCAUGCCUGUAAUCCCAGCUACUCGAGAGGCUGAGGCAGGAUAAUUGCUUGAACCCGGGAGGGGGAGGUUGCAGUGAGCCGAGAUCAUUGCACGCCAGCCUGGGCAACAAGAGUGAAACUCUAUCUCAAAAAAAACAAUUAAUUAAUUAAAAAAAAUUCUAUUCGAGGGUCUCAAAUACACUUUUCUUAAAGGGAUAGGAAAACCAUUAACAAAAUAUUUAACAGAAUACUUCGCUUCUGGUCCACCAAUAACCACUUCUCAAGCAGACACCAGCUGGGUGUGCUAUAUCAUUCAAUUUAAUUGUGACAGUAUCUACCUGGAGACAGAGUCCAAUACCAGAAGCUAACGGCUCACAAGAAUGCCCCUCACUGCAAAUGUCAGUUGUAAGUCCCGGGAUGUGACCUAUGUUGACCAACAAGCUGUAAAUGAGGGUUUUCAUGACCCACUCUUUGGGUUUGAUUAAUUUGCUAUAUAGCAGCCUACAGAACUCACAGAAACACUUUACUUACAUUCACCGAUUUAUUACAAAGGGCUUUUUUUUUUAAUAGAGCAGGGUUUCACUCUGUCUCCCAGGCUGGAGUGCAGUGGCAGGAUCAUAGCUCAUUGCAGGCUUCAACUCUUGGGAUCAAGCGAUCCUCCCUCAUCAGUCCUGCAAGUAGCUAGGAAUACAGGCAUGUGCCACCACACUCAACUAAUUAUUUAUUUUUUGUAAAGUUAGGGUCUCGCUCUGUUGUCCAGGCUAGUCUCAACCUCCAGGUCUCAAGAGAUCCUCCCACCUUGCUCCUCUCAAAGCACUGAGAUUAUAGGAGUGAGUCACUGUGCCUAGUCUUACAAAGGGUAUUUUAUUAUUUAUUUAUUUACUCUUAUUUUGAGACAGGGUCUCACUCUGUUGCCAGGCUGGAGUGCAGCAGCACGAUCUUGGCUCACUGCAACCUCCAUCUCCUGGGUUCAAAUGAUUCUCGUGUUUCAGCCUCCCGAGUAGCUGUAAUGACAGGCAUGCUCCACCAUGCCCAGCUAUUUUUGUAUUUUUAGUAGAGAAGGGGUUUCACCAUGUUGGCCAGGCUGGUCUCGAACUCCUGACCUCAAGUGAUCCAUCUGCCUUGGCCUCCCAAAGUGCUGGCAUUACAGGUGUGAACCACUGCGCCCAGCCUACAAAGGAUAUUUUAUUUUAUUUAUUAUUAUUAUUUUUUUUUUGAGACAGAGUUUUGCUCUUGUCACCCAGGCUGGAGUGCAAUGGCGCGAUCUCAGCUCACUGCAACCUCUGCCUCCCGGGUUCAAGCAAUUCUCCUGCCUCAGCUUCCCAAGUAGCUGGGAUUAUAGGCGCCCACCACCACACCUGGCUAAUUUUUUUUUUUUGAGAUAGAGUCUCACUCUUUUGCCCAGGCUGGAGUGCAGUGGCACGAUCUCGGCUCACUGCAGCCUCUGCCUACCAGGGUCAAGCGAUUCUCCUACCUCAGCCUCUCAAGUAGCUGGAUUACAGGCCCACGCCACCAUGUCCAGCUAAUUUUUUUUGUGUGUGUGUGUUUUUAGUAGAGACGGGGUUUCACCGUGCUGGCCAGGCUGGUCUCGAACUCCUGACCUCAUGAUCCGCCCACCUUGUCCUACCAAAGUGCUGGGAUUAUAGGUGUGAGCCACUGCAUCUGGCCUAAUUUUUGUAUUUUAAGUAGAGAUGGGGUUUCACCAUGUUGGUCAGGCUGGUCUUGAACUCCUGACCUCAAGUGAUCCACCUGCCUCAGCCUCCCAAAGUGCUGGGAUUACAGACGCGAUUACAGGCGCACCUGGCCCUACAAAGGAUAUUUUAAAUGAUACAAAUGAACAGCCAGAUGAAGAGAUACCUCCAGGCACAUGGUUAUGUUCUUAUUUACCAACCAGAAGGCUCUCUGAGCCCUGUUUUUGGGUUUUUAUGAUGUCUUUAUUAUGGUGACACAAUUAAUCACAUCAUUCACUAUUGGUGAUCAACUCAACCUUCAGUUUUCUCUUCUCUCCCUGGCGCUGGGGACAGAGCUGAAAGUUUCAAAGCUCCAGUCACAUGGUUGGUUCCCCUGGCAACUAGCCUCACAUCCUGUGGAUUGUAGGAGCUUUCCGAAAAUCACCUCAGUAACAUAAACUUAGCUGUGGCGGAAAGGGGAUGGUUAUGAAUAAGUAAAGACAUUUCUUCCACCUUUCACUCUGGAACUCUUCUAGAGCUAUUUUAAGAACUGAAUAAAAAAGGCCAAUUUUUUUUUUUUUUUUGAGAUAGGGUCUCCUUCACUCUGUCACCCAGUGACAGUGGCACAAUCUUGGCUCAAUGCAGCCUCCACCCCCAGGUUCAAGCAAUCCUCACACCACAGCCUCCUGAGUAGCUGGGACUACAGGUGCACGCCACCGCAUCUGGCUAUUUUUUUGUAUUUUUAGUAAAGAUGGGUUUUCGCCAUGUUGCCCAGACUGGUCUGAAACACCUGAACUCAAGCAUCCACCUACCUUGGCCUCCCAAAGUACUGGGAUUACAGAUGUGAGCCCCAGCCCCCAGCCUUUUUUUGUUUGUUUAUUUUUUGUUUUUUGAGACAGAGUCUUACUCUGUCACCUAGGCUGGAGUGCAGUGGUGUCAUCACAGCUCACUGCAACCUUGACUUCCCUGAUCUCAGGUGAUCCUCCCACCUCAGCCUCUCAAGUAGCUGAGACUAUAGGCACACACCCCUAUGCCUGGCCAAUUUUUGUAUUUUUUGUAGAGAUAGGAUCUCACUGUGUUGCCCAGGCUGGUCUUGAACUCCUGGGCUCAAGCAUCCUGCCUGCCUCAGCCUCCCAACGUGUGGGAUUACAGGCAGCCCAAAUAUUUUAACAAAAGAUACUCCAAUUGCUCUAGUCGCUUAGGAAAUUACAAGAUUUUUAGCAACUGUGAGCCAGGAACCCUGGACAAAACCCAAAUUAUAUAUUUCACAAUAUCACAACUUUCUUUUCCACCAAACUGGGGGGUGGUACUCAAAAUGAUACCCUCUCUCUGCAGUUUGACUCAAUUAUAACUUGGAUAUUCUCUAAUUUUUGUAUUUUUUGGAGAGACGGGUUGUGUCAUGUUGGCCAGGCUGGUCUGGAACUCCUGGGCUCAAGUGAUCCACCCACCUUGGCUUCCCAAAGUGCUAGGACAAGAGUCCUGAACAUUUUUUCUCUAUUCUGAUGUCACAGUCUCCAGAGUUAUCUAAAACUUGCAUUCAAGAGCACCUGUUAGAGCUUUAUAGCUGAUUAUAAAACCACCUUCUAAAGAGGACCAAGACAAGACAACAAUUGUUUAUGGAUGACAAAGUUUUAGGGUAGCCAUAGUUAAAGAUGCAAUUGACAAGGAAAUCUGUUACUCUGUGGCACACAAUAAUUUAACAUUACAAUUAUAAUUAUUACCGAUAACAUAUACUAAGAUAUAUCAGAAUUACAAGUUUUCCAUCAUUUUGGAACACAUACCAAUAACAUAUAUAUACAGAUAUAGUCCAAAGAAAGCCAUACCCCAUUUUAUAUUUGACAUUGCUUCCUCUAUGAUUUUUGUACCAAAUAAGCCAAAUUUCACGUUUACAUUAGUAUACUAUUACUGUUAAACCCAAUUCUUUUCUUUUCUUUUCUUUUUUCUUUUUUUUUUUUUGAGACGGAGUCUCGCUCUUUUGCUCAGGCUGGAGUGCAGUGGCACAUCUCGGCUCACUGCAACCUCCGCCUCCCGGGUUCACACCAUUCUCCUGCCUCAGCCUCCCAAGUAGCUGGGACUACAGGUGCCCGCCACCAUGCCUGGCUAAUUUUUUGUAUUUUUUUUUAGUAGAGACGGAGUUUCACCAUGUUAGCCAGGAUGGUCCCGAUCUCCUAACCUUGUGAUCUGCCUGCCUCGGCCUCCCAAAGUGCUGGGAUUACAGGUGUGAGCCACCACGCCCAGCCUAAACCCAAUUCUUAAUAAAACCUUAUAGAUAUAUUUACCCAAUUUUAUAGACAUAUUUACGCCAAUGUUUGGCAAUUUUUAUAGUUUUUUAUUACCCUUUACAAUUUUUGUUAAAGAGCAGGUUAGUGUUCUAAGAGAAACCCGUUGUGCUUUUAAUAUUCAAUUUAUAGAAAAACUGGAUAAUACCCAAUUUAACUUUAGCCAAUAUGUUUACACACAGAAUUUCUUUUACAAUCAACCUUCCACAACUUGCUUAAACUUUCAGCUUUAUUUUGUCUAAAUCCAUUAACCUUUUAAUUUAGGCAAAAAAAUCCACAUUCCCAUGCCUUCUUAUAAUCUUUUUACCAAAGGACUCCAUCUCCCUUGAGGAUGUGGCUGUGAACUUCACCCUGGAGGAGUGGGCUUUGCUGGAUCCUGGUCAGAGGAAUAUCUACAGAGAUGUGAUGCGGGCAACCUUCAAGAACCUGGCCUGUAUAGGAGAAAAAUGGAAAGACCAGGAUAUUGAAGAUGACCACAAAAACCAGGGAAGAAAUCUAAGAAGUCCUAUGAUUGAAGCACUCUGUGAAAAUAAAGAAGAUCGUCCAUGUGGAAAAAGCACUAACCAGAUUCCUGAUGUUAAUACGAACCUGGAAACUCCUACUGGAUUAAAACCAUGUGACUGCAGUGUGUGUGGGGAAGUCUUCAUGCAUCAGGUCUCCCUUAAUAGACACAUGAGAUCUCACACUGAACAGAAACCAAAUGAGUGUCACGAAUAUGGAGAGAAGCCACAUAAAUGUAAAGAAUGUGGGAAAACCUUCACUCGCAGCUCCAGUAUUCGAACCCAUGAAAGAAUUCACACUGGAGAGAAACCCUAUGAAUGUAAGGAAUGCGGCAAAGCCUUCGCAUUUCUCUUUUCCUUUCGAAACCAUAUAAGAAUUCAUACUGGAGAGACACCCUAUGAAUGUAAGGAAUGUGGGAAGGCAUUCAGAUAUCUUACUGCUCUUCGGCGCCAUGAAAAAAAUCACACCGGAGAGAAACCCUACAAAUGUAAACAGUGUGGAAAAGCCUUUAUAUAUUACCAGCCUUUUCUAACCCACGAAAGGACUCACACUGGAGAGAAACCUUAUGAAUGUAAGCAAUGUGGAAAAGCCUUCAGUUGUCCCACGUACUUACGGAGUCAUGAGAAAACUCAUACUGGAGAGAAACCUUUUGUAUGUAGGGAAUGUGGGAGAGCCUUCUUUUCUCACUCAAGCCUUCGAAAACACGUGAAAACCCACACCGGAGUUCAACCUUAUACAUGUAAGAAAUGUGGGGAAGCCUUCAAGUCAUCUAGUUCCUGUGAAGUGCACGAAAGAACUCAUUUUGGAGAAAAACCCUAUGAAUGUAAACAAUGUGGUAAAGCCUUCAAUUCUUCAAGUUACCUUCAGUUGCACGAAAGAGUUCACACUGGCGAGAAAACUUACGAAUGUAAAGAAUGUGGUAAAGCCUUUCUUUAUUCCACUCACUUUCGAAUCCAUGAAAGAACUCAUACUAGAGAGAAACCCUAUGAAUGCAAACAGUGUGGUCGGGUCUUCAUUUACUUCAGUCACCUUCGAAGGCAUGAAAGAAGUCACACUGGAGUGAAACCGUGUGAGUGUAAGCAGUGUGGCAAAGCUUUCACUUGUUUAAAUUCCCUGAAAGUACACAAAAGAAUUCAUACUGGAGAAAGACCCUUUCAAUGUAGGCAAUGUGGUAAAGCCUUCAGUUACUCAAAGUCUUUGCACGUGCAUGAAAGGACUCAUACUAGACAGAAGCCCUAAGAAAGUAAAGAGUGUGGUAAUGCUAUCAGUUGUAUUAGUUCCUUUUGGAAGUAUGAGAGCACUUACGCUGGAGAGAAAUUCAAGGAAUGUAAACGAUGUGAUUAAGCCUUCAGUUGUCCUAAUUCACUUUGAAGACAUGACUCAUGCGGCAAUGAAAUAUUUAACAAAUGGGGGAAGAACUUCCACUCUCCUGCAGUAUUGCAAAUAUGUGAAUGGACUCCAUGGACAGAAACCCUAUGAAUGUAAGGAGUGUGGGAAAGCCUUCACUUCACAUAAUCUUUUAAAGACACCUGAGAAUAUAUACUGGAGAGAAACUAUAAAGAAAAUUCUGUAUCCAUCCCAUCUUUUGUGGGGUUUGUUUUUUGUUUUUGUUUUUGUUUUUUUUGAGAUGUAGUUUUGCUCUUGUUGCCCAGGAGUGCAGUGGUGCGAUCUCGGCUCACCGCAACCUCCGCCUCCCAGGUUCAAGCAGUUCUCCUGCCACAGCCUCCCAAGAAGCUGGGAUUACAGGCAUGUGCCACCAUGCCUGGCUAAUUUUGUAAUUUUAGUAGAGAUGGGAUUUCUCCAUGUUGGUCAGGCUGGUCUCGAACUCCCGACCUCAGGCAAUCUGCCCACCUUGGCCUCCCAAAGUGCUGGGAUUACAGGCGUGAGCCACAGCACCCAACCUUUUUUCUGCUCCCCACCCCCAAGAUGGAGUCUGUCGCCCCAGGCUGGAGUGCAGUGGUGUGAUCCUGGCUCACUGCAACCUCUGCCUCCUGGGUUCAAGCAGUUCUUCUGCCUCAGCCUUCCAAGUAGCUGGGAUUACGAGUGCCCACCACCAUGCCCAGCUAAUUUUUAUAUUUUUAGUAGAGACAGUGUUUCACCAUGUUGACCAGGCUGAUCUUAAACUCUUGACCUCAAAUGAUCCACCCACCUCGGCCUCCCAAAGUGUUCAUUUUACUUUUUUUUUGAGAUGGAGUCUCACUCUGUUGCCUAGGCCGGAGUGAAAGUGGCGCAACCUCUGCAUCCCAGGUCAAAGCAAUCCUUCUGCCUCAGGCCCCCUAGUAGCUGGGAUUACAGGCACGUGCCACCAUGCCCAACUAAGUUUUAUAUUUUUAGUAGAGAUGGGGUUCCACCAUGUUGGCCAGGCUGGUCUUGAACUCCUGACCUCAGGUAAUCCACCUGCCUUGGCCUCCCAAAGUGCUGGGAUUACAGGCGUGAGCCACCACACCUGGCCCCGAGUUCUUUUUUUUUUUGAGAUGGAGUCUCCCUCUGUUGCCCAGCCUGGAGUGCAGUGGCACGAUCUCAGCUCACUGCAAGCUCCACCUCCUGGGUUCAUGGCACUCUCCUGCCUCAGCCUCCCGAGUAGCUGGGACUACAGGCGCCGACCACCAUGCCCGGCUCAUUUUUUGUAUUUUUAGUGGAGACGGGGUUUCACCGUGUUAGCCAGGAUGGUCUUGAUCUCCUGACCUCGUGAUCCGCCUUCCUCGGCCUCCCAAAGUGCUGGGAUUUACAGGCGUGAGCUACCGCGCCCGGCCUCCAGUUCAUUUUAAAACCAUGAAACCACCCACACUGGAGAGCAGCCUUCUUAAAUGUAAGCAAUAUGGGAACAUCUUCAGUUACAUCUGCAACCAUUGUCGAGAUUCUUCAUAGGAAGAAUUAAAGGAAUGGGGAAGAAGGACUUGGGCCCCAGCAGGCCUUUUGUGGCAUCCAGUCAGAAGUUAGGAAACACCCUCUAGGGCAGUGCCUGCCCUCAGCUUACACACAUGACUGGAGAGAAGUGAGAAGACCCCAGAGUCUGCCUUUUAAGUUUCCAUCAGUGUCCUCGGGUCAGACUGUGGGAAUGCUGUGCUUCUAAAACAAAGGUUUGCAUCUUACGGUUCUCCCCAAGUGGGAUCUGCCUGUGGACAUCCUAAUUCACAGACAGUAUCAGCAUUUCAUUAUUCCAGGGCUGUUUUGAGGUCGUCUCCAGCUCCAUUUCCCAUCUCAAAACUACACUUUGGAUACUUACUGGGAAACAUGUUUAAAAAUUCACAUCUAAAUUUCUCUGUGGCAACCGCAGGUGGCUCUGAGGUGAGAGGGCUGAAGAAGCAGAACCUGUGUCAUGGGACACGCCCCUUGACCACACAGCAUCCACUCUCCUGCGGUUACCAACCCUACACCAACCACCACAGUCAGAAUAAUCUCAAAACUGCUGGUGGAGUCACAGACACACUCUGCCAUGUCUUAGCUGUAGGACACUCAGAAUUCUUACCUCCCCUAACUUGCUUUCCUUGUUUUCUGGCACAUUCUACCCUGAGAUAUUCAGCGGCAUAUGCACUGAUGAUGCUCCGGCCUUCUCACGUCAGUGCAUGUCACAUGCAUCCUGCUCCAGGACUGGUUUUCUAGCCUCCCACUGAGACUAGCACUUAGCUCUUUUUGGAAAAGGACCCACCCUGCAGAGCGCCAGCUCUGUUGUGUAUGGGAGGUGCUGGUGUCAGGGUUCACAAGCCAUGGAACUACCUUGCUUCACAUCACAAGGCAAGGUGAACUCGACUCCCAAUAAACUGCUUGCUGGAGCCACCGAAUUCUCCCUUUCCUGAAUUGCACAGGCAUGAUAGGGGUCGGGUCUGUCCUUUGUUGGAGUCAUUCCCCCCUUUUCUUAGAGAGCAAGUCAGUGUGUUUUAGAAGGGAGGUGGCAGCAUUGAGGGAAACUAGGUCACCAUCCACCCUCAUAACAACUUACAGUCUCCCUGGGUCCCAGAAGUGAUCUUUGUGUCGCUUGGAGACCUGUAGUCGGAACUCUUUAGGCCUCUGGCCUCCACCCUCCCCCAACAGCAGGGAUGGGUCAGGUGGCAGCAUCCAAAACCACGGUGAAGAUACUGGGGUCCAGAGGCUGACUGGAGCAAGGUUUGCUGGCAGAUGAGGCCUCAGUGGAAGUGAUGGCUACUGUGGAGAUGCAGUGGAGGACCUGGUGGCUGAGCCAGGAGAUACACACCUUUGCUUCUCUCACCAGGAACAUUUAUGGUAGUUUGAGGGGUUGGAACAUUAUGACUCAAUGCAUUUCAGGUCCUUAUUUUCACAUUCUUGGGCUGCCAUGUUGUGCUUUUGUAGAGACAUGAUUAUUGUACUGUGGGAGGUCAGGAAGUUUGAGAUUCCUUCACUGUCAGAAUGGGCUCAAGGAGCCAUCUUUUGUGAUAGAUGUUGGGGAACUAAGGGGUAUCUCUGCUACAGGAAUGGGAGUGAGAACAUUCACUUUUUGAAGGACAAGUAUGUGUGGGUCUAUGAUGAUGUUUUUGUAAAACUCAUUUGUGUAUGUGUCUGUGUGACAUUAUUCAUAUUCAUUAAGUAUUUUCCUCUGUGUAACGCCCUCUGAUAGGUGUAGUCAACAAAGCUAUGCUAAUAUCUCUGUCCCCUUGAUCCUGGCAUUCUGGAAGACAAGAAAGCAAGCGAGAAUAUAUAAGGCACUGUGGUGGUUAUUCCUGAGGAGCCAGAGAAACCUGGAGAAGAGAUCAGAACACCUGGGGUCCUUCUGUUUGGGAGCAUCUUUUAGUAUCUGGGCUGUUACAUCUGUGGGUUUGUGAAUUUGUGUCUGUCCACCUGUAUGUACAGUGACAAAGUGUGUGAUUUUUGUAUAUUUGUCUAGAGGGCUGCGUGUAUAUAUAUUUAUAUAUGUUUUUAAAUAUGGAAUGCUUUUUUUUUUUUUUUUUGAGAUGGAGUCUCACUGUUGCCAGGCUGGAGUGUGGCGGCGCGAUCUGGCUCAUGGCAAACUCCACUUCUCGGGUUCAAGUGAUUCUCCUGCCUCAGCCUCCCGAGUAUGUGGGACUAUAGGUGCGUGCCACCACACCCAGCUAAAUUUUUUUGUAUUUUUAGAAGAGAUGGAGUUUCACCAUGUUGACCAGGAUGGUCUCAAUCUCCUGACCUUGUGAUCCACCCACCUUGGUCUCCCAAAGUGCUGGGAUUACAGGCAUGAGCCACUGCGCUUGGCUGGUUUUUUUGUUUGUUUGUUUGUUGGUUGGUUUUUUUGAGACGGAGUCUCGCUCUGUCACCAAGCUGGACUGCAGUGGCAUGAUCUCGGCUCACUGCAAUCUCCACCUCCCAGGUUCAAGCAAUUCUCCUGUUUCAGCCUCCUGAGUAGCUGGGAUUACAGGCGUGUGCCACCAUACCCAGCUAGUUUUUUUAUUUUUAUUAGAGAUGGGGUUUCACCAUGUUGGCCAGGAUAUUCUCGAUCUGAUCUUGUGAUCUGCCUGCCUCGGCCUCCCAAAGUGCUGGGAUUAGAGGCUUGAGCCAUCGGGCCCGGCUGGAAUGCUUGUAUUUUCUUGCCUGAUUUCCCUGGGAGCACCCCCCUUAACACUGAAUGGAGCUGGUGAGAGCAAAUAUCCUUGUUUCUGAUAUUAGAUAUUAAAAAUAUGGUUUUUCACUAUCAAAGAUUUUGUUGGGUUUUUCAUAUAUGCCUGUAGCAAUUCGAGUAAAUUCUAUUCCUAGUUUAUUGUGGAUUUUUAAUCAUAGAUGGGUGUUGAAUUAUGUCAGAUGUUUUUUUGCAUCAGUCGAGACUGUCAUUUUUCCAUCAUUUCCUAAAAUGGUAUAUUCCACUGAUCAAUUUCCAUAUGGUGAACCAUCCUUACGUUCCAGGGACAGAUCUCACUUGGCUAUAUUGCAUAAUGCUUUGAAUCUAUUGCUUUAUAUGCUUCUCUGGCAUUUAUUUCAAGAUUUUUGCAUCAGUAUUCGUAAGGGACAGGAAUGCCAUCUUCCUUGCUCUCACGCCAUGUCACACUUGCUUGAGAGCCCUGCAUUGUUCUCCCUGAGACCUCAUUUUUGUAAUGUCUUUUCAUAUUCUCAGUGUGUAUGUGCACCACAUAGCCCUCUGUGUCAACAUCUGAAGCACACCUUUUCAGGCAACCAUAACAGUUGGCACUGUCAGCAGGAUGUCUAGAUGUUGGUCACCACGCAAUAGGUCAGCUUUCCCUUUCUCUCAGGUGCUAACUUGCUCUGCUACCUGGUGGCCAGCAUGCUUUUUGAGCUGCUGCUGCUUGCUGCUCUGUGUUCCAUUGUUGAGGCCGAACAAAAUUCUGUUCCAGAUUUAGCCAACCAAAGAUGGCAGUUUCUAUAAGUCUUUGGUAUUUAAGAGCAGGAGUAUUGGAUUUGAGCCCUCCUUAAAAUGGUCUGGGGCUAGGAGUUUUCACUUUGCCUUUCUAUGUAGAAUGAAGCUGGGACUGAUGCUAGGUGUUGGCCUUGUCCUAUAGGUCUGGUGGUGAGAUUUUAUCUUGUGCAUGUUGGGGCCCCAUUAUUGGUCAUUCCUGAAAGAGCAGUCAUUUGAAAAUGAGAAAGCCAGGCGCGACAGCGGUGGCUCAUGCUUGUAAUCCCACCACUUUGAGAGGCCAAGGCAGACAGAUACUGAGGUCAGGAGUUUGAGACCAGCCUGGCCGUUAUGGUGAAACCCCAUCUCUACUAAAAAUACAAAAAUUAGCUGGGCAUAGUGGUGGACGCCUGUAAUUCCAGCUACUCGGGAGGCUGAGGCAGUGGAAUCUCUUGAACCUGGGAGGCAGAGGUUGCAGUGAGCCAAGAUCACACCACUGCACUCCAGCCUGGGCGACAGGGUAAGACUCUGUCUUAAAAAAAAAAAAAAAAAAGGCUGGGCAUGGCAGCUCACACCUGUAAUCCCAGCUACUCAGGAGACUGAGGCAGGAGUAUCACUUGAACCUGGGAGGUGGAGGUUGCAGUGAGCUAAGAUUGCCCCACUGCACUUCAACCUGGGCAGCAGAGUGAGACUCCAUCUCAAAAAAAAAAAAAAAAAAAGGAAAAAUAAGAAAGAAGAGAAGGUAGGGAAGCUACCAUUAGAUGGUGUCCGGAAGUUCACGCUCAGCUGGACCUUUAAGUACCUCUGCUGCUGCCGCCGCCCAUGCCUCCAUCUCAACAGAGACCCUGAUCCUCUGGGUUAUAAGGGACAACCCGCGUGGCAUUCCUGUAGCUCAACAAAUGUAUUAGUUCAAACCUGAAUAAAUCCCAGUAUCCUUAAA